AUGGCUCCCGACUCAACGUCCGAGCCGACGACCGCGUCUCGCGCGCGUCCGCAGGCCAUACCCAAGAUGGACGAGAUUCCUGUGGUGACGGACGAGACGGGUGAACGUGUGCGUGAAAGCUUUGCCUCUUUCUUGGAGCGGUUCACGCUCGAGGAUAUGGCUGGGCGCCAGCCCGAGUAUGUCGAGCAGCUAUAUAUUAUGCGCGAUUACGGUCGCACGACGCUCUAUGUGGACUAUCGCCACAUUCUCCAACAUGACGAGGUUUUAGCGCGUGCAAUCAGCGAACAAUAUUACCGCUUCCUUCCCUACCUUCGACGCGCUCUGAUCGAUUGUGUCACAGUGUACAUCCCUGGCUACCUAUACCUCAAUUCCCAUAUGGCCUCAACGGCCUCGUCGGGUCUGGUCACCCGCGACUUUCACCUAGCGUUUCAUCGUCUUCCUAUCGUUUCUGGUAUCCGCUCCUUGCAUACCGACAAGAUCGGUCGCCUGCUCGCGAUCAGUGGCACAGUGACACGCACGUCGGAAGUGCGUCCUGAGCUGCUGCUCGGCACAUUCACAUGCGUUGAGUGCAAGACGAGCGUACCUGAUGUCGAACAACAGUUCCGCUAUACGGAACCAAUCAUGUGCCGCAACCCCCUGUGCCAGAACCGGACGCAGUGGGAGCUGGACGUGGAGAAGAGCCGCUUUUGUGACUGGCAAAAGGUACGAAUCCAGGAGAACCCCAACGAGAUUCCUACAGGCAGCAUGCCGCGCAGCAUGGAUGUGAUUCUGCGCUCUGAGAUCGUCGAGCGAGCAAAGGCUGGCGAUAAGUGCACUUUUACGGGCACCUUGAUUGUUCUGCCAGAUGUAUCCCAGAUGGGUGUCCCCGGCGUCAAUGCACAGAUCCAGCGGCAGACACACACGGGCGCGGCAGUCGAAGGAAUUACGAACCAGGGUGUGACGGGCCUCAAGAGCCUUGGUGUGCGUGACCUGACCUAUCGCACGGCCUUCCUAGCUUGUAUGGUACAGAGCAGUACGGAGACGACUGAGAGCCUCACGGGCUCCUCGGAUGAAGAGCCAGAUGCGGCCACAGUCUUAGAUGGACUCACAGAGGAGGAACGUGAGGAACUGGAAGCCAUGGUCGUUAGUUCGGACAUUUACCCUCGCCUUGUACGGAGUAUGGCUCCGACCAUGUACGGCCACGAGAUCAUCAAGAAGGGUAUUCUUCUUCAGCUCAUGGGCGGUGUGCACAAGCAGACCAACGAUGGCAUUCAUCUGCGUGGCGAUAUCAACAUUUGUAUUGUCGGCGAUCCCAGCACGAGCAAGUCACAGUUUCUCAAGUAUGUGUGUGGCUUUAUGCCGCGGGCCGUCUACACAUCCGGCAAAGCGUCUUCUGCUGCCGGUCUCACAGCUGCUGUCGUGCGCGACGAGGAAACAGGUGAAUUCACCAUCGAGGCAGGUGCACUCAUGCUGGCCGACAAUGGAAUCUGUGCAAUUGACGAGUUUGACAAAAUGGACCUGGCAGAUCAGGUCGCGAUUCACGAGGCGAUGGAGCAGCAAACCAUUUCGAUCGCUAAGGCUGGUAUCCAGGCAACGCUCAAUGCACGAACCUCGAUCCUGGCCGCGGCCAACCCCAUUGGCGGUCGCUAUAACCGCAAGCAGACCUUGCGUGCGAACGUGGCCAUGAGCGCGCCCAUCAUGUCGCGUUUCGAUCUCUUCUUCGUGGUACUGGACGAGUGCAACGAGGCUGUCGACUGGAACAUUGCUCAACACAUUGUGAAUAUCCAUCGCUUCCGCGAUGCUGCGAUUGCCCCUGAAUUUUCGACGGAGGCAUUGCAGCGCUAUAUUCGUUACGCUCGCACAUUCCAGCCGAAGCUGACGCCAGAAGCCAGCGAUGUACUUGUCGAAAAGUAUCUGCAGCUGCGGCAGGACGACUCGGGUGGCUCGGUCGGUCGCAACUCGUAUCGCAUUACUGUGCGUCAACUGGAAAGCAUUAUUCGACUGUCAGAAGCGAUUGCGCGGGCCAAUUGCCGAUCGGACAUUACGCCGGCGUUUGUACGCGAGGCCUAUUCCCUCCUGCGCCAAUCCAUUAUCCACGUUGAAAAGGAUGACAUUCUCAUCGACGACGACGACGACAUGGGCGGCGACGAACCUCCUCCGCCGUCUACCGCAGCUCCGGAGGCAGAUCAGCGCCGCAGCAUCACGUAUGACCGCUACAUGGAGCUGGUCCAUCAACUCGUGCUAAAGGUGAAUGCCGUGGAGCGCGACACCUCGCGCGGCCUCUCGCGUGCCGAGCUAAUCCAAUGGUACUUGGAGUCGCAUGAACACGAGAUCGAUACGGUGCAGCAACUGCAUGAAGAGCAGGAUUUAAUUGGCCGUGUGAUCAGCAAGAUGAUUCGAGAUGGCUACCUUGUACUUCUCCCCGUCGAUGAGGCGGAUCGCGACGCGCCUGACGAGCGCCGAGUCUUGAUGGUCCAUCCACAGGUGGAUGUCGACAGUCUCCAGUAG